CCGGUCCCCUUCUCUUCCGGUAGGCAUUGUGUCACGUUUGGAGAUACGAAGCAGUGAAAAGAUGAGCGUUCCAGCUUUUAUCGACAUAACGGAGGAAGACCAGGCCUCGGAGCUGAGGGCAUACAUCAAAGGGAAGGGAGCGGAGAUCUCCGAGGAGAACUCUCCGGAGGGCCUCCACAUGGACCUGACUCAGAUCAUCGAUGCCUGUGACGUGUGUCUCCAGGACGACGACAAAGAUGCGGAGAGUGUGAUGAACAGCAUCGUGUCCCUGCUGCUCAUCCUAGAGACAGAGAAGCAGGAGGCCCUCGUCCAGAGGCUGUGUGAGAAACUGGUCCAGUUCCGUGAGGGGGAGCGGCCCUCGCUGAGGAUGCAGCUACUGAGCAACCUGUUCCACGGCAUGGAUGAGAACAGCCCAGCAAGGUACACGGUGUACUGCAGCCUCAUCAAAGUGGCGUCCGCCUGCAACGCCAUCGCCUUCAUUCCCACAGACCUGGACCAGGUGAGGAGGUGGAUCGUUGACUGGGAUCUGGACACGGAGAAGAAGCACACGCUGCUGAGGCUGCUCUAUGAGGCGCUAGUGGACUGCAAGAAGAGCGAGACGGCAGCCAAAGUGAUGGUGGAGCUCCUGGGCAGCUACACGGAGGACAACGCAUCGCAGGCACGGCUCGACGCACACAGGUGCAUUGUCAAUGCUUUGAAGGACCCAACCACAUUCCUAUUUGACCACCUUUUGGCACUGAAGCCUGUCCGCUUCCUUGAAGGCGAGCUCAUCCAUGACCUCUUAACCAUCUUUGUGAGUGGAAAGCUCUCAGCCUACGUGAAGUUCUACCAGAGCAACAAGGACUUUGUUGAUUCUCUUGGGCUGCUGCAUGAGCAGAACACAGUGAAGAUGAGGCUGCUUACUUUCCUGAGUAUGGCAGUGGAACUCCAGGAGAUCUCCUUUGACACCAUGGAGCAGGAGCUGCAGAUUGGCGCCGAGGAGGUUGAGGCCUUCGUCAUUGAAGCUGUACGAACCAAGAUGGUUCACUCUAAGAUCGACCAGACGCAGCGGAAGGUUGUCGUGAGUUACAGCACUUACCGCACCUUUGGGAGGCCACAGUGGCAGCAGCUCCAUGAGAACCUCACUUCCUGGAAGCAGAAGCUUUCCUCGGUGAAGACAAGCCUGCAAACACUGACGACCACGUAGCAUCACUUCUCUCUGCCUUUUCUGGUCAUCUAAUAAACACUCAUGUUCCAAUCA